GGGGGGGACCGGCACCCGUACCCAGCGUUCGCCGGGUGGGAAAAUCAGGCAAGGCGGGAGGCUCUGCACGGUGCUAGGCCUCGACACCCAACACGCCACUCUGAGAAGGGACAUUGCUCGAAACGUCGACCGGCGUCACGGUUUCUGCCACCCUGAUGGAAUCGCCGAUGGGUGAAUCGCGAGCGCGAUUACCGUGGUCGCGAUUCCGCGAUUCACGGAACGUGUCCAGCACCCAUUGAAAGGCACGUUGAGAAUCGACAAAAUUAAUUUGCGGAUGUGGAUCGCCAGCAGCCGGAUCGUUACAUAUUCCCUAACAGCCAGAAUGAUUACAACAUCCGCUAACAAAAACUAUCGAUCGAUGUAUCGAGUCGCAACUCAGACUUCCAGCAUGGUUCAACACGCCUCAACCACCAACACAAAACGACACGCGGAAUGCCAAUUGCGAUGGGUGACUAGAAUCGAUCUGCAGUGAAUCGGUAUAACUUCAACGUCGCUCACGAUUCGAUUCUAAAGGGGACGCGUGCGCUGCACUGCAGCCUGGCACGGGCGGUCUCUGUGUGCCGUGACAUCGGGGGGCUCUCAGGGGGAGCUCGAGGGGGGCUCGAGGGGGGCCCAUGGCGCAGGGAGGAGGGGGGGCGGGGAGGCGGCCCCGCGUGCUGCUGGGAGCCACCGGCAGCGUGGCGUCGGUGAAGCUGCCGCAGCUGGUGGCUCGCAUCCUCGAACUUCCACAGCAGCCGGAGGUGCGUGUGGUGUGCACGGAGCACGCGAAGCACUUCUUCGCAGCCGAGUCGCUGCCCGUCCCCGUCUACAGCGACGCCGACGAGUGGCAGACAUGGAGGCGUCUGGGUGACCCGGUGCUCCACGUGGAGCUGCGCCGCUGGGCCGACCUCCUGCUGCUCGCGCCGCUCGACGCCAACUCGCUCGCCAAGGUGGCCGGCGGUCUCUGCGACAACCUGCUGAUGUGUGUGGUGCGAGCCUGGGACCGAGAUCGCCCGCUGCUCUUCUGCCCGGCGAUGAACACGCACAUGUGGGAUCACCCGCUCACGGGCGCCCACACGCGCACGCUGCGCCAGCUCGGCUACGAGGAGGUGGCGUGCGUGAGCAAGACCCUCGCAUGCGGAGACACGGGUCUGGGUGCCAUGGCGGAGGUGGACACGAUUGUGCGGGCAGUGCAGACUCACCUGAGAGCCUCCCUCACCACACCUGAGCCCAGCUCCACACCGGAACAUGGGUCUGCACAGGAACCUGGGUCUACACUGGAACCUGGAUCCAUACAGGGACCUGGGCCUACACAGGAACCUGGACCUACACAGGAACCUGGACCUACACAGGAACCCAGCUCCACACAGGGACCCAGGUCUACACAGGAACCUGGGCCUACACAGGAACUUGGGUCUACACAGGAACCUGGCUCUACACAGGAACCUGGACCUACACAGGAACCCAGCUCCACACAGGAACCCAGCUCCACACAGGGACCCAGGUCUACACAGGAACCUGGGUCUACACUGGAACCUGGAUCCAUACAGGGACCUGGGCCUACACAGGAACCUGGGCCUACACAGGAACCCAGCUACACACGGGAACCUGGGUCUACACAGGAACCAGGGUCUACACAGGAACCCAGCUCCACACAGGAACCUGGAUCCAUCCAUGAUUCUGUAUCCAAUACCUGAACUGCUUAUAACCGAAGAUUGCUUAUAUCUUAAAAUUUUAACUGAUUAGGGAUGAAACCUCGGAUCCGCGUGGCAAAGACCCAACACUUCAUCUUCACGCAGCAGUCCCCUUCGUCAACACGGCAUUGUUUAAUUAAUAAACCAGCCAUUACAGAAGGCC